AGCAAAGGAAACCAAAUUCGGCAAGCCAUAGCAAAGGCCGGUUGUGUUUGUUGGCCACCGUUGUGUUUCAUUGCUUUCCCACUCUGGCAACCAUUGACAACAAAGCGUCCGCAAAACCGAAAACAAACGCACCCCACCGACCGGCAAAGGAGAGAAAGAAACAACACACAGGCCUUCGAUUUCGAGCCAGCAAUAAGCAUAAGCACAACAUGCGCAGCGAUUCCGCGGGUGGCGGUGGGAGCUACGUUUCCGCCUCUGCGUCCGCCCCGAAGAUGCGGCACCGCACCACCCCCCACGCGAGAGCCGCAAGCGGCAGGAGGGGCACCGCCGCCAACGGAMCCGGCGAGAGGAGCCAGAGAAGCCUGCGGGGCAACAGCUGCUGCCUCCAAGGGAUGGUCCUCCCCGCUUUGUGCCUCUUCGUGCUGGUGGCAUCGKUGCAGCUCGCCAUGAAUGCGCUGCUGUACGGCAGCGGGAAGAACCAACCGGGCACGGUCCUUCCGGACGCGGGCCUCCGGGGCCGGAACGGGCACCGCGAGCACACCCAGACCGCGGGGAACUCGUACGAUUCCCUGCUGAAGAACACCAUCCACUACGCCCAUCGGGGCAACUACAGCAACAGCAGCAGCAACAACAACAGCAACAGCAGCAUCGACGCGGCGGUGCUCUCCGCCCUCCAGGACGAAAUCGACAACCUGCGCUCCCAGAUCACCACCCUAGAAUCCAAGUCGCAGAAAUACGUGGACGAUCCGCGGUUUUUCCCCUUUGUCAUUCGCGAUUCGAGGCACCUGACGCCCGUCCAGGUCGACCCCGACUUUCACGUCUUCGACUACGUCGAUCUGACCCAGGCGCUCCAGCCCAAGUCCAARCACUCGCAGCUCCUCCACAACGCGCGGAUCGUCGUCGACGACGAACUCGAGGAACGCCGCCGAGCGGGGAUCACCAAGAUCCCGAGGUACGCCGAGAAAUACGAGGCGCCCUGCCAGAUCUACAGCGUCGAGUGCUACCGGAAAAAGGUCCUGCAGGUYUUUUCCUACAUCCUCAGAAAGUUUCCCAGCGUGGAGUACUAUUUCUACGUCGAGGCCGACAACGAUUUGUGCGUCCCCAUGACGAUGGUCAAGGACCUCGCCCUCACCGAGAAGCGCUACUUCAUCAACACCGGGAUUGGCUUCUCGGGAUGGAUCAUGAGCCGGGAGUUCCUCGGCGACUUCAUCGAGCUCUACGGGAACUCCACCCUCGACCGCAAGGUCACCAAGGUAAAGCCGGGGACGAACGAAACCGUCACGGAGAGCCCCGAGAUCCGGCCCGACGUCCUGGCCAGCUACUACCUCACCGACAAGCAGGCCUGGACGGUCACGAGGCAGUACUGGGUGAGCCACACCACCCUCGAGUCCCUCGGGAUCGCCUCGCUCACCGUCAAGGACCGCCGCAAGAACGCCACCGGGGAGCGCAUGAAGCUCGACAAGCACCUGCCCCGGUGCCUCGAGCCCCGCCGGGGCAAGUGGAAGGUCAGCCGGAAGAAGCCCUACCUGGACCCCCGGGACCGCUUCGGCUGGGACUACUUCGACUACGAGGUCUGCCCCAACGAGCUCCUCUUCCCGUGCGGCGGGCCGGACCAGCUGAAGAAGCUGGUCGCCGACGACCUGCGGGUGGCGAACGAGACCGGGGCGCUGGCCAAGUGGGCGAAGAUGGCCGAGCAAAAGAGGCGCCGGGAGGCCGCCCAGGCCGCCAAGAAGCGGGCGGCGGGGGAGCAGAACCCCACGCCCAAGGAGAAAGCGGCCGCCUUGCGGGAGCGGCUGCGGAGGGAGGAAGAAGGGCGGCARGAAGCAAAGCGGAACAAGGAGUAGGCAGAACCACAACACCGCCGCGCGGCAACCACGCAACGGAACGCAGCUCGGCGCGGCACGACACGACACGCUGCCACACGAAACGAACGGAGAUUGGCACGAGAAGGAGGUGCUGCUGUUGUGGAAAWCUAGAAAGAAGAUUCGUGGUCGAUCCGAUAUGGCCUCUUCCGUGAAACUCGACCCACGAUUUUCGAACCUUUCUCUCUCGAUCGGAGUCACUGCGUGGCUGUUACCAUGCCAUGGUUCCAAACAACAAACGAAGUGCCACGCGUGCUCGGGAUGCAAUGAUCGAGACCACGCUAGAACCUUGUCGSCGGUGAGAAAACCGCACAAACGAAGAACCAUUGCAACCGACUCASAACAACAGGCAUUCAUYGAAUCCAAAGUUGURAUUCUUGUGCAAGAAAAACAUAUUUAUCAG